CACAUGCACUCGCUUGAGUAAACAGGGCGUGUGAAUGAACGGAUAAAGUCAUUUUCUCUUUGUUUUGAGCAGUCGCCUACGCCCUCCAUUAAACAAACAACUCAACUUCCUCUACUCUCUACAUUCAGCUCAAUGUCACUUCUUUUAGGGUUUUUGGGUGCCUGAAUAUCUUGCCCCCAUCUUCUUUAAUGCUGUCCUGUUCUUUAUUUGGACACCCAUUUCCUUCUUCUUCCUGGGUUUUCUAUGCUCAAUGUUCUGUGUUUCAGGGUUGUGAGAAAAGGUAUGGAGUAGCUUUGUAAUCCUCUUUUGUUUCUCUGAUGUUCCAUGUUUUUGUCCUUUUGUUGUGGGUAUUGGUAAAGGGUGUGCCUGCAUUGCUCUGUAAAAGGGGUUUUUCGUUUUUGUGAGGAAAAUGCAGCGUUUUCUGUGCUUAAUCUCUGAAGCUACACGGCUUGUGUUGUUUAUUUUGCUUGUUUAGGUAUAUGUUAUUUGCUUCAUUGGUAAAAUUCUGGGUUUGAGCUCGUUGUCUGUAAGAAUCUAAAGCUUAGGAGCUGUCUUGGAUUUGCCCUUUUGUUGGUUCUUUUGCUUACUGAGCUGAGCAGUGAAAUGAGGGCCAUGUGGGUUUUGGUGUUGUCUCUUUUGCUUGUUUCUGCUAUGGCUCAGCUCCCUUCACAAGACAUCUUGGCUCUGCUCGAGUUCAAGAAGGGUAUCAAGCAUGACCCAACAGGCUUUGUAGUUAGCUCGUGGAAUGAGGAGUCUAUUGAUUUUGAUGGCUGUCCUUCUUCUUGGAAUGGCAUUGUUUGCAACAGUGGAAGUGUUGCUGGAGUGGUGUUGGAUAAUUUAGGCCUUUCAGCUGAUGUAGAUUUGAAUGUGUUUUCGAAUCUCACGAAGCUUGCGAAGCUUUCCUUGUCGAAUAACUCGAUAACGGGGAAGUUCCCGGACAAUAUAGCCGAGUUUCAAAGCUUAGAGUUUCUUGAUAUCUCGAAUAACCUUUUUGAUUCAUCUUUACCACAGGAGAUUGGUAAGUUAACAAGCUUGCAAAACUUAUCAUUGGCUGGCAAUAACUUCUCGGGUAGUAUCGAUCCGAUUGUUGGUCUUCAAUCAAUCCGAUCGUUGGAUUUGAGUCGUAACUCGUUUUCUGGCCCGUUGCCUACCGCAUUGACUAAGCUGACAAACUUGGUAUAUCUAGAUCUGUCUCUCAAUGGCUUUACUAAGAGUAUUCCCAAGGGAUUUGAGCUCAUUUCAGAUCUUAAGGUGCUUGAUUUGCAUGGUAAUAUGCUUGUUGGCACACUAGAUGUUGAAUUUUUCAUGCUUUCUGGUGCCACUCAUGUUGACUUCAGUAGCAACAUGCUAACGAGCUCCGACACGGAGCACGGGAAGUUUUUGCCUCGACUUUCUGAUACCAUCAAGUAUUUAAAUCUUAGUCGUAACCAGCUUACUGGAUCAUUGGUCAACGGAGGCGAGUUAUCGCUGUUCGAAAACUUGAAAACAUUGGAUUUAAGUUACAAUCAGCUCUCUGGAGAGCUACCUGGUUUUAGUUUUGUGUAUGAACUCCAAAUCUUGAAGCUGAGCAACAAUAGAUUUUCGGGCGAUAUUCCUAAUAACCUAUUAAAAGGCGACGCUUCGGUUAUUACCGAACUGGAUUUGAGUGCCAAUAAUCUGUCAGGGUCGGUAAGUAUGAUCACGUCAACGACCUUACGCGUCCUCAAUCUGUCGUCCAAUCAGCUUACCGGUGAUCUUCCGUUGCUGACUGGAAGUUGUGUCGUGCUUGAUCUCUCAAAUAACAAAUUUGAGGGAAACUUAACGAGGAUGAUAAAGUGGGGGAACAUUGAGUUUCUUGAUCUCAGUCAGAAUCUUUUGACAGGGCCGAUCCCCGAGGUAACUCCACAGUUCUUGCGGUUAAAUUUCCUAAACUUGUCCCAUAAUACUCUAAGUAGUCCGCUCCCGAGUGCUAUUGCCAAGUACCCGAAGCUUCGAGUCCUUGAUCUUAGCUAUAACCAGUUUGAUGGACCUUUGUUGACUGAUUUGCUCACAAUGUCCACUUUGGAAGAGCUCCAUCUGGAGAAUAAUUUACUCAGUGGUGCUGUCAAGUUCUUGCUUCCUUCCCCGGGUCGAGCGAACCUUGAGAUUCUCGAUCUUUCUGAUAAUCAACUCGGUGGCUAUUUUCCUGAUCAAUUUACAUCUUUAACUGGCCUUACAAUGCUGAAUAUUGCUGGAAACAAUUUUUCUGGAUCGUUGCCUACUUCUAUGUCCGAUCUGAGCUUGUUGAUCUCGUUAGAUAUAUCGCAGAAUCAUUUCACAGGUCCCCUUCCCCGAAACUUGUCGGGUGCUAUUCAGAACUUCAAUGCUUCAUCUAAUGAUCUUUCAGGAACCGUCCCUGAAAAUCUCAGAAAGUUUCCACGUUCUGCGUUCUAUCCUGGAAAUUCAAGACUGAUUCUUCCAAAUAGUCCUGGAUCGAACGAUAAUCCAGACGAUACAUCGAGGAGAAAGAAAAUGAACACGAUUGUAAAAGUAAUCAUAAUUGUCUCAUGUGUGAUUGCUUUGGUUAUCAUCAUCCUCCUUGCUAUCUUCUUUCAUUACAUCUGCAUACGAAGGAAAAAUCCACCGGAGCUUGCUACAACGAUGAAGGACGUUCAUAGACGAAGUUCUCUAAGCUCUUCGAGCAUUGGAGGAGCCGGAGUUGGUAGCAAUCUAGUUGUUUCAGCUGAGGAUCUUGUUACUUCAAGGAAAGUGUUGUCAUCUGAGAUGAUCAGCCCGGACGAGAAACUAGCUGCAGGAACUGGUUUCUCCCCAGCUAAAAACAGUCAUUUCUCUUGGUCACCUGAAUCAGGCGACUCGUUUACUGCCGAAAACCUUGCAAGACUCGAUGUGAGAUCACCUGAUCGGUUGGCUGGUGAAAUUCAUUUUCUCGACGACUCAAUCUCAUUGACACCGGAGGAACUAUCAAGAGCUCCGGCUGAAGUGUUGGGGAGGAGCAGCCAUGGCACUUCUUACAGAGCAACAUUAGAGAGUGGGAUGUUCUUGACAGUUAAGUGGUUGAGAGAAGGCGUAGCGAAGCAGAGAAAGGAAUUCGCUAAGGAGGCGAAAAAGUUUGCGAAUAUCAGACAUCCGAACGUCGUUGGAUUGAGAGGGUAUUAUUGGGGACCUACACAGCAUGAGAAGCUCAUUCUUUCGGACUAUAUCUCGCCCGGAAAUCUUGCAGUCUUUCUAUAUGAUCGUCCAGGAAGAAAAGGUCCAUUGACAUGGGCUCAAAGGCUCAAGAUCGCGGUCGAUAUAGCACGUGGCCUAAACUAUCUCCAUUUCGAUCGAGCCGUUCCACACGGGAAUCUUAAAGCUACAAAUGUACUACUAGAUGGAGCAGAUCUGAAUGCUCGCGUUGCUGAUUAUUGCCUUCAUCGCCUCAUGACUCAUGCUGGCACCAUCGAACAAAUUCUCGACGCUGGGGUCUUAGGUUACCGUGCCCCAGAGUUGACAGCUUCCAAGAAGCCACAACCCUCCUUCAAGUCUGAUGUGUAUGCAUUUGGAGUGAUUCUCUUGGAACUUCUAACUGGAAGAUGUGCUGGUGACGUGAUCUCCGGUGAAGAAGGAGGAGUCGAUCUAACAGAUUGGGUGCGUUUACGAGUCGCCGAAGGGCGGGGCUCCGACUGUUUCGAUACCGUAUUGUUACCGGAAAUGAGCAAUGCAGCAGGCACAGAGAAGGGUAUGAAGGAAGUGCUCGGUAUAGGUUUACGAUGCAUUCGAACGGUAUCGGAACGACCAGGUAUCAAGACUAUAUACGAAGAACUUUCGUCCAUAUAGAUAGAGGGUGGAGUUUGUUUGGCUUUGAUAUUUAUGGGAAUUUAAUGUCUCAUUAGCUUCUCAUUUCUGAAUUAGAUUAGUUCUAUUUUCUGAGGUAGAUGAAGGAAGAACUGCUUCCAUAUUCCCUCAGUUUCUUUCAUCGACCUGAAAGUUGUUGUAGAAAAAGAACAUGAUUUGAUGAAUACGAGGAGUUCUGUUUUCUUUGA